UGCAGCCGACCGAACACGACGCCUUCCGCCCGUGAGUGGAAAGUUUCUUGAAAGUUUCCUGAAACUGUAAAUAGUACGACAGAUGGUGGACUGUACUCACUAAGAAGAAGAAGAAGAACUUUAAGUUUUGGAUAUAUUUCUAGCAACUUAACGGUCGUGGUGUAGUUGCUACAAGGGAUAUUACAAGAGGUGAAUUUAUAGCUGAAUAUGAAGGGCAUCUGAUUACAGAAGAAGAACUUGAAAGAAGGGAAGAACAAAUAGAAAGUGUCUUCAGAUAUGAAUUCACCUGGAAAGGAAAGAAACUAUGCCGGAUCAUCUGUUGGUGUACCAACCCUUGGACCUCUUUCUCCUCCUAGAGUCCCACAGAGUCCCACUAAGGAACGCCUUGAUCCUCAAAAUUCAUCACGAUGUAAUGAUGGAGCUGGAUCAUCUGGUGGUGUAUCAGCCCCUGGACCUCUUUGUCCUAGGAAAAAUCCUACCCUGGUACCCCUCAAUCGUCAGGAAGAUUCAUCAAGAGAACGGAGGUACACGAGAUGGGAGUCUGGGGAAACGGCUCAACUAAAAGAGUUCUUCAAAGAAUACUUCACAUCAACUCAAACAAAACUUCCAUCAAGAGCAGAAAUUAGAAAAUUCAAAAUGAGAUUUCCAGCCUUCAGACAUGAUGUAAGGACCAUAGCAACCAAGGUCAUGAACGAGGUGCGGAAGACCGAACGACUGACAGAGGAAAGAGUCAAACGACUUGGGAUAAGAUAAUGAGGUGAUGGGCUAACAGGUUAAUCGGGACAUUUCUGGUAACAGUAACACGCAUCUUUUAGGAUAGAUUCAGGAUUGUGCUUAGAAUAAAAUAAACUUACAGUCUUCAUAAAUCCCUUUUGAGUGUUUUCAACAAUCCAAUUAGUGAAGUCUUUCUAUAUGAGCUCACCUGAGCCGAAGGCUUAUAACUGCACAGAUGCUCGUCCCUGCAAAAACUGUCGCCUCAUGGGCAACAGAGCAUGCGGAUAGUGAUUAAUCACCUAAAUAUUAGCUGUGGGGUCAUGCUUGUUAUCAAUUAUUUUAUGGUACUUUGAUGAAUUGUGUUAGGGUCCCUUACAAUCAAGUGGGUGGAGCAUUGGAGGAGUACCCUCUCAUGAUCGAGCUAUGAGGAUUUUAAAUAAAAUAAUGCAUGCAAACAUAUUUUUGAAAUGUGAUUCAGGCAAUUGCAGGGGCAGAGGUAGUUGAUGUCAGAUUUGCUGGCAGGAU